CCACAUCCGCUGAGCCACCCCACGCAGCCUGCAACCGUGCAGGAGGCCUCGGUCCCGAUUCUCGCCUUGCCCACCAGCAGCCCACCACCACCUGCAACCGUGCAGAAGGCCUCGGUCCCGAUUCUCGCCUUGCCCACCAGCAGCCCACCACCACCACAUCCGCUGAGCCACCCCACGCGGCCUGCAACCGUGCAGAAGGCCUCGGUCCCGAUUCUCGCCUUGCCCACCAGCAGCCCACCACCUCCUGCAACCGUGCAGAAGGCCUCGGUCCCGAUUCUCGCCUUGCCCACCAGCAGCCCACCACCUCCACAUCCGCUGAGCCACCCCACGCAGCCUGCAACCGUGCAGAAGGCCUCGGUCCCGAUUCUCGCCUUGCCCACCAGCAGCCCACCACCUGUGGCUACACGGCCCCUAGCGAUGGCGCCAUUGGCUCGUUCGUGGUAA